CAAAAAAAAAAAAAGGGAAGGGGAAAGAAAAGAAAAGGCCUGCAACGAUGAAUCUGUUAGAUUAGUAGCAUUUUUAUUCAUCAACAAACCCAUCCAUUUUUAGAACCUAUGCGUCAAGAUAAAACCGUGGCUUCUUCCUCCACCACUCUUAGAUCGAUCAUCAUGGGAACGCCAUCCCCAGGGAUGGACCUACAACGGAUUGCCACAUCCGUACUUAUCUCCGUUCUCCUCUUCGCCACCGUCUCCGCUUUCCAGCCUCCCCACCCCAAGGAAAGAAGGACGCUCCUGUCAACCGCAACCAAACCAAACCCUACCCCGGCCAAGAAGAACAAGGCGCUCAUAGCGCAUGAGUUCCUCGCCGCUCACAAUAUUGAGAGGCGCACCCACGGGCUAAAUCCUCUGAAAUGGAACAACACCCUUGCCCGCCAUGCAUUGCGCUGGGCCAACAAGCGGCGCCGCGACUGCGAAUUGAUCCAUUCUAAAACCGGCUUCGGGGAGAACUUGUUCUGGAAUUUAAGGGAUAAGUGGACACCGAGGUUGGUGGUGAAAUCGUGGGCUGAUGAGAAGCAGUACUAUAACCCUAGGACCAAUAAGUGCGACCAAGGCCAGACGUGCGGACAUUAUACGCAAAUUGUGUGGAGCAGAACCACCCAGGUUGGGUGUGCAAAAGUGAAGUGCUUGAAUGAUGGUGGCUUUUUCGUGAUUUGCAAUUAUGAUCCUCCAGGAAAUUGGUUGAACAUCAGCCCUUUCGAGGAUGUUAAGACCACACCUACAGCUCCAUUACAGCCCCCGGUACCGCCACCCUCUCAUCCCUUAUUCAAACCGACACUGCCACCUUACAAUGGUGUUCAUCCAAUUUUCUCAAAACGAUUCAAGGUACUGCACCUGCCACUAUUCCAUUGAGAAAAAUUGCUUUUAACUUCCAAAAGUCUGCUCCUCCAACUUCUCCGUUAUUGUUCAUGGGUACUCAAGGUUAGCAAAUGGGGCGACUAACAUUUUCUGUACUAUAGAUCUUAAAAAUCCAAUGCAAAGUGCAAUUAACUAGAAUUCCCAACCUUUGAAAAUUGAUACGUGUUAAUCAUUGAGAAAACAGAGUUGUACAAAUACUUAAAUAGUAUAUAAUUUCUAAAUUAAUUAUGCAAUAACAG